AUGGACUCGCGGCGGCGCGCGUGGAUACGUCUCGCAAUACCGUCCGGCGCGAGGGCUACGUGCGUUGUGAGGUGGUCGACGUCCGGGCGGCGGCGAGUGCUCUCCCCCCCGUCCGCCCCGCGCCCCGCCAGCCCCGCCCCCCGCGCGCCCGCCAAUGGGAAGCCUGUCCGUGGCCCCGCCCCGCCCGCGCUCUCCCACCCGCCGCGCCCUGCAUUUUUAAUCGCGUGGCGAGCGAGGCGAUCGUUUGGCUCGUCCGCACCGCCUCAUGCAAAUUACAAUGCUGUUUUCCGACGGUGUUUGAUCCUUUUUGACCUUAGUUUAUGCGAUAAACAAGCUUCUCUUUAUUUUGUAGACAAUUUGAAAUUAUAA